AUGUUUGUUGGGCUUUCGGAAGGUACGGAUACCAACCCGGAACCGGAUACAACAACUACCCUGACACGCAUUGCGAUUGAAGUAAGCCACUGUCGCGCGGUUUUUUUGAAAAACUACGAGAACGGUCUACAAUUAAUGUUGGUACGAGGGCGCACCAGGCACUCACGUACUACAGCUGUAAUAAGACGAGAACGAUCUACGUUUGCGGUAGUAAGCAACACGAGGACGCACCAAGCACGCACGUACAGCUAUUCCGUUCUUGUGAAGACGCAUGACCUCAAGCGUUUGCUAUGCUACUUUCGGAAUUAUAUAACGUAGGAUCAUGAUGCUUCCGGAGCCACUGGAGUCAGGCUCGGACAUUAUUCAAAGUAGAGAAGCCGUUGAAUUUAAUUCGACGCAUAUUCCCAAAUCGUAAAAGUGAGACUCUACGUCUCCAUAUUCCCAGAAUUUUGUGCAAUUUUUCUUCGUCGUCCAAUUGUGGUAGAGGGUUUUUUGUUGUAUGAUAAACGAAGAAAAGAAAAACUAUUGGAAAAAACCGAAAAAUAAAGAGAAAACCAAGAGAAAAAGGAAAAACAAACCAUACAAAAAACAAAAAAAAACGCUUUGUAAGAUUCUGGAGCUCAUGCUAGGUUCUGACUUUUUUAGGCGCUAGGCGUCGUAACUAUCUCCGAAAAUGAGUCCUCCUCUUUACGCUUCGGCGCAGAAACAAAAAGCUGCGAGCUCACUAGAAUGCAACAAGCAAAAUAAGUAGCAAAAUGAGAUCCAAACAAAGACUAUGCUCGUGUGACAGUAGUCAAAUAGGUGCAGCUAGCCGGAUCGGAACCCGACGAAGAAUUUAAAACGGAAUACAACUACAACGGUCACGCAAGCAGCUGAAUCCUUUUGGUGCGACAACGACAGGCAUAUUAAUCUGAUCUCGCUACAAAAGGUUGACAGGAAAAAAUAGCAGCAGUCAAGAGAAGACACAAACAAGAUUAAAGGGUCGUAAAAGAUCCAAGGGUCGUAAAAGAUAUGGGAAAAAAUCGGUCAUCGUUUUUCGUUCACAAGUCGGUACAAGAUGUAGAUGCAUUCUAAUGACCCUCUUCUGCGACGCGUAUUUUUCGUCAUUACCUGCGACUGGCUGGAAGUUGUGUAUCAGGUUGUUGUAUGGAAAAGCAGGCAGGAAACCAUGAAAGGAACAGGAUGCGAGCACCUCCUCGUUGAAGAGGAGGUGCAUCCUUGAAGAUGAUUCCAUUUCCAAAUAAAAUCGCAGCCUUUUUUUUUUUCUUUAAGGGUUUAGGGUUUAGGUUCUGACGAUUUGUACAAGCGAGGACACGACUUUCGAAGUCCCCAUCAGCGACACGUGCACCGGCCUGAUGAUAGAAGAGCGACGAUUCUAGUUGCCCUGGGUUAAGCACAUAUUUUUUAAUGAAAUAUGUGUUGCUCGUUCUGUUUUUAUAUGAUGAUGACUUUUACACAGACGUGAAACAGAUUGCUUUCUGGGCCAUUGCGUCAGCGGAUCGUGGGCGAACGGUAGUAGUUUUCAAAGAAAAACGACUCUGCUGCUGGUCAAUCAUGAGAAGUUAGAAACAAUGUGCUUCAGUUUUUAUUUCUGUUUGUAUUGGGACGAGGAGGUGGUCGGUGCCAUGUGUUUCAAGUCUGUCAUGCAUGUAAAAAUCAACCCAGGGUAAAAAGAUAGAAGUAUCAAAUGAAAAGCAGUAACUACACACAGUUGCUGCUUUCUUGCAUAAGAAUAGGCCGGACAAGGUGCAGCAGCUAGUGGACGGGAAAAAAGGUGGUGAAUUGAGUAUGCUCUGCACUAGCCGGGAAGACCGCUGCGACGCUUUGCAUGAGGGGCUAUUGGUCAUGAGUUGCUUGAUUGCAACAGCCUCGCGUCAAGGCAAAUGGCUUCAGUUUUAUAUGUGCGGCUGGGGCAUCAACCCCGGGAGGAUCAUUUUAUAUAGUAAAGAAAUCGGUCUAAGGAAAGGGAGCUUGUUGUUGGGGGUGUGAACGUCAAGUGCUUGGCAGGUAGAUUCAGAACAAGACAGACCCUGCGUUCCCUUCAUCCAGUGAGGCCAGACCAGGAAGGGGAGCGCGCGGGGCCCGGCCGGGGCGCGGGGGGUGCUGCGCCUCUGGUCUGAAUCUGCUUGGCACACGAGGACACCUCGCACCUGUAUCCGCGUACCAGCCUUACUUUUAUCCCCUUCGCUGGCGCAACCAACAAUGAGAUCCUGAGCAGAACCAUUUUGCGAAUGAGUAAGAUUUUUUUCUAGUAGUCAGGAAAGUGGACCAUUGUCCAUGUUUGAUC